CACGCGUACGGGUGUUUAUUUGUUUACGUUGAGCCAAAAUUCGGUUAUACAGUCCACUCUCUCGGAGCUACGGAUUCAUUUAAGAGCGCAAACCAUCACUCUGAAAACAUGCCAAUGGACCAUCCUCAAACCUCGGAAACGACGGGAUUAAGUUCAAAACAUUCCAAAAAAACUCAAACUGAAGAGCUCGGCUUCAAGCCAGGCCCAUUGCCGAUCCCUCUUGAGCAAACAGAUUAUUGUCGGUUGUGUUUCACAAUUCAACGCCUCCAACCACUUUGUUCGGGAAGGACUAGGGUUCGAGAUGACAUGCUGGACAUGAUCUAUGCCUGCACUGGGAUUUUGAUCAUACCAAAGCGAAAAAAAAUCUUUUUUAUUUGUCAAAACUGCGCUCAGACGAUUAGUAAUUUCUAUAUGUAUCAGCAGCAAAUUUGCAGCAAUAAUCGUGCACUGGUGGCAUAUCAUGCAAGAAACAUAAACAUUAUGAACUUCCCCACUGAUAACUAUGCGCUUCCGACAGUACAAGAGACACCGGCCACUAAAAUGAGAAAAGUGCCAAUCCAAGUUCAAAUGAGGACUGAAGAGAGUACUAUCGACAUCUCAGAUGGCACUAUAUCGGAUACUGUUGACCCAUUGAUGAGUCUUGAUGAACCAUCGAGCGAAUCUAGGUCGGAUGCGCUGUUUCUAGAGAUCUUACCAGAGGAUACCCAAACGAUUGCCUUGAAGAGUGAACCUCCGGAUGAUUCGCUGAAUUCAGACGAUUCAUCGGAAGUUGAGUUGUGGGAUUGUUGGCAAUGUGGCACGACGUUUGCUUUUAAAUUUGAAUGCGCCAAACAUUUGCUGCAGGCGCAUCGAGAGGAUGUUUCACUUAUAGGAAGGCGCUUGGAGUUGGAUGAACUGAACCGUAACAUGUUGGAGAUGAUGAGUAAAUGUACUCGGGUGCAGGCGACGGGAAGUAAAAGAAAGAUAGCUAAUUGAAGAUAAAACUUCACAUGUCAUAAAUAAACUCAGCCGUCGGUUCUUUCUCCUUGAAUA